AUGGUGGAUAAGACUCUGCUGCCCCUGGCUCCCGUGCCGCCACAGUCGGUGGUGAAGCUGAUACCAGAUGGUGAAUGGAAAGCAUGUUUAGAUGCCUGGAUCACAUCAGUUGAAGCUCGGCUGAGAUUGAAUGACAAGGAAUUUGAGAUAUCCGCUCCAGAGGACGAAGCUGCACGCCUGUUUCUCAUUUCAUACUUCUCAGGGAGCAGCUCUAUUCGUGCCCGUGGACCGUCAUCAAAGGCAGCCAGUUUACUCCAACGUCUCUGUUUCCUGCUAAGUCGAAGGAUACUCUUAACUGGGCUCCAUGCCCCGUUACAGCUUGUGACUGUCGAUUUCCUGGGAAAUUUCUGCCACUUGUACACAUCUUCUCUACCACUUCGGAAUUUGCUCUUGGAGGUAUGGGAGAGAGAUUCGGAAGCAUUGGUUUCCAGCGCUCAGAAAGCAAAGGCGACGAUGAUACAACGAUUAUCCACCUCCAAUAGUGAACAGUAUGCCGGAAUUGAGGAAAAAUUGCGCCCUUUGACACUUCUAUCCUCGAAUUUAUAUGAGGUAGGAAGGGUGCUUAUGGCUGGGGAUGACUACAUAGAUGCAAUCUUUGAAGCAUUCCACAAGUCAAGAGAUGAACACCUACAAAAAUCUCUGGUAGCCCACAUUUAUGUUGCAUUCAUAUCCCUGAUGAAGGUGAACCCCCCCGCAACCUCGAUACUCCUAGACCAACUCUACGGAUUAAGGAGCUCUGCAAACGUAGACUCAAAAGGCCCCAGAACCCAGCCGACCUUGCUUUCAGCCCUUGUUUGCAGCACCAAUUUUGUUAAACGACUAGAGAACCUACUCGUUGGAAACCAACAACAGAAGCGAGGGGAUACGCUGCUCUUAUCCCUUAAAACGUACCGCUCCGAGUGCAAGACACUGCACAGGCCAUACCAACGUCCAAGAAAAGUGGACAAAGGUAAAGGACGAGAUAUUUCAACGGAUAUUCAUGAUGAAAUUCACAUUCACCGAAUGUCCCUUGUAACACAGGUCCAGGACCUAUUUCCCGACCUAGGUUCUGGAUUCAUUGUGCAACUUCUUGAUUUUUACAACGACGAUAUCGAAACUAUCAUCUCAAACCUCUUAGAGGGCACUUUGCCAGAGCAUCUUAAAUCCCUUGAUCACGGAAGCCAGCUCCAGGAACAGCAAAGCACGGCGGAUAUCGCGCAACAGCCUACCCCACCGCAUUCCAUAUCAGCCGUACCACCCGUUGAGCGUAAAAAUGUGUUUGAUAACGACGAGUUUGAUCGACUAGAAAUUUCACCUUCCAAGCUGCAUAUUGGUCGUGCCAACGCUGAACUUACCGCGGAUGACCUGCUAGCCAAUAAAUCUGGCUCAACGAACAAGGCCGCUAUAAUGGCGGCUCUUGCAACCUUUGAUUCAGACGAUGAUGAGCGGGAUGAUACUUAUGACUUUGCUGAUGUUGGAGGAACAGUUGAUACCAGCCCAACGGCAAUAGAUGGAGAUACACCUGAAGCGCGAGAAGGAGGCGGCAUGGCAGCUGAAAUGAAGCUUUAUGAUCUCUAUAAGUCUAACCCAGGGGCAUUUGCGCGCGACCAGACGACUCGCCGUUCACAGCAUAGGAUGGCCCUGCGCAAAGAGACUGGAAUGACUGAUGAAUCCAUUGAGGGAUGGGCAUUGAUGCUCUCCCGUGAUCCAAAGCGAGUAGCUAGGUUAGAGCGGAAUAUUGCGUUGUCCGGUUUACGCGCACAUCAACAACCUGAGCUUCAGUCUACGGCAUAUAGAAGACCCACCGGCGAUGAUGGCUCUGGAGAUGAUUCCAACGGCCGUGACGGAAUUCGGAGCAGGGGUCGUGGCCAUGGCCGGGGUGGUAGGGGAGGAGGUGGCCGAGGGGGAGCUACGGCUGGUCCCGAGUCAGCUAUCGAAAGACGAAGGAAGGAUGAAAACAAGGGUUCGAGGGCGAAUCACAACAGGCGUAACCAAAGAGCAAAAAAAAUGGCGAGAGGCGGACUGUGA